AUGGUGUCUCACGUGUUUCUCGCCUGGUUCCUCCUUCUGCUUGCCAUCUUCCACGGGGAAGUCGUCGCUAGGAGAGGUGGGGGAGGGGGCCAUGACAGCGACAGCAACAGUGAUAGUAGCAGCGAUGGCGACAAUGAUAGCGGCAGCGGUGGAAGUGACGACAGCUCAAGUUCUUCAGGGUGUGGAAGUGGAGGUACAAGCAAUGCACUUAGCACGACAUAUCUUGUCCCUAGACAUGCGUGGAAUUGGACAUCGCAAAGCGGCGCGUACUCGACCGACAGCCCAACCAUAUACGACGGGUCAUACUUCCAAGGAGAAGGCUACCUGUCAUACAAUAUGACGAGUGGGAAUCAAUGUCAAAGUACAAAACAACUCCGGUUGCUAGGAUAUGCAUGGAUAGGGCCACAGCCUCCAUACCCGACUGGACCUAAAAACCCUUUCAUCAUAGGGUUCAAAGCAUGGGAGUCUACCAAGGCUGUGAGCGAAAUCCACACAUCCUAUACACAGAUUAAGUGGGAAGGAGACUUGUGCUCUUCAGAGCCUGAUCUCUUUGGCAUCGUCACAACGAGAGGUUCAGCUUCUCGCACCGAAGCGUCAGACACAAUGAUCAUGAACGUCUCAACUAGUUUGACAGCAUCGGAUGCUGUCGACUUCAAUGCUACAACAGUUGCUGACCUGAGCCCUCGGAUCAGUGAUUCCGAUGGUUUGUUCCGUCUCCAAGCGGAGAGCUGUGCUUCGCAUGAUACAGAUAUGCACUGGCCAGCCACGACGGUGAUGCAAGGGUCUGUCACGAACACCACUUUGGAGCUCAAGUUUUCUGGUUCGGUUGACAUGAAUUCAACUCAAUAUCAAUCGUACGCUGGCCGUGAUGAGGACUUGAAAGUUAAUUUUACGGUUACCUUUUCUGGGCAAUUUGACAGCGGCAAUUCAACCCACGCCCUGAAUCUCCAACAAGGCAACCAGAGUCUUGCGUGGGUAAAGAAUAGUGCUGUCAAUAUUGUGCCCGGUUGUUGGGGCUAUAUAUUGGUAGUCGCUGGUGGAAUACACAUCUUGGCUUUGAAUUUGUGGUAA